GAAAGAUGGCGUCCUCGGAGCAGGCAGAGCAGCCGAGCCAGCCAAGUUCUACUCCAGGAAGUGAAAAUGUGCUGCCUCGAGAGCCUCUGAUUGCCACAGCGGUGAAGUUUCUACAGAAUUCCCGGGUCCGCCAGAGCCCACUUGCAACCAGGAGAUCAUUCCUCAAGAAGAAAGGGCUGACAGAUGAAGAGAUUGAUGUGGCUUUCCAGCAGUCGGGCACUGCUGUCGAUGAGCCAUCGUCUUUGGGCCCAGCCACACAGGUGGUUCCCGUCCAGCCCCCUCACCUCACUUCGCAGCCAUACAGCCCUGCAGGUUCCCGAUGGCGAGACUACGGUGCCUUGGCUGUCAUCAUGGCAGGAAUUGCAUUUGGCUUUCACCAGCUCUACAAGAAAUACCUGCUCCCCCUCAUCCUGGGUGGCCGAGAGGACAGGAAGCAGCUGGAGCGGAUGGAGGCCAGUCUCUCCGAGCUGAGUGGCAGCGUGGCCCAGACAGUGACUCAGUUGCAGACGACUCUGGCCUCAGUGCAGGAGCUGCUGAUCCAGCAGCAGCAGAAGGUGCAGGAGCUUGCCCACGAGCUGGCUUCCGCCAAGGCCACCACGUCUACCAACUGGAUCCUGGAGUCCCAGAAUAUCAACGAACUCAAGUCGGAAAUUAACUCCUUGAAAGGGCUUCUUUUAAAUCGGAGGCAGUUCCCGCCAUCGCCGUCAGCCCCGAAGAUCCCCUCCUGGCAGAUCCCGGUCAAGUCACCGUCCCCUUCUAGCCCCGCGGCCGUGAACCACCACAGUAGCAGCGACAUCUCGCCCGUCAGCAAUGAGUCCACGUCAUCCUCACCCGGGAAGGAGAGCCAUAGCCCCGAGGGCUCCACGGUCACCUACCACCUGCUGGGCCCCCAGGAGGAAGGCGCGGGCGUGGUGGACGUCAAGGGCCAGGUGAGGAUGGAGGUGCAGGGCGAGGAGGACGAGGACGACGACGUGAGCCGCGUGGACGAGGAGGACUGCCUGGGGGUGCAGAGGGAGGACCGGAGGGGCGGGGACGGGCAGAUCAAUGAGCAGGUGGAGAAGCUGCGGCGGCCCGAGGGCGCCAGCACCGAGGGCGAGCGGGACUAGGGGCAUCGCCCCACCCGUGGGCACAGGGCUCAGCCCUGCUCCUGUGGCUCUGGGAGGGUGGCCUGGAGCCUGAGAAAGGGACAGCACCGUCAGCUGCGCUGCGGCCCCGGCCUGGGCCCGGCGUGGGGGUUGCGCUUCUGUCCACCCGGCGCCUGUCCCGAGGGCCACCCGGCCCGGCCCAGCCCCAAGCCAGGCGGCCUCGGCCUUGCUCUCGAGUCGGGCUGAGUGCGCCUGAGCCCCACCCAGCCCCUGGCCCGGACAUACGUCUCGUGCAGGGUGUGCUUGCUCAGCGUCCUGCCUAGUGUGACACGGUGCAUGGCAAGAGCUAGUGUCGCCUCCUGCCGCCUCGGUGCGGGGCAGCUGCACUCCCUCUUCCCUCUCCUGGACCCACUCGCCCUCGGCCCAGCCCUGUCCCCACAGCAGGUCCCGUCCGACUGAGGCAGCCCUCGGGUGCCUGUCCCCAGCCCCUCUGUGCCCCAUCGUCCUCCCAGACCGCCGGGACCACAGCGCGCUUCUGUCCGCCUUGCGUGCCGUGUCGUGGCUCAGCCAGGCCUGUGGCGAGGCGUGGGUCUCGGGGCCACGGAGGAGCCGGGCGUCAGGGCUUCCCACCCAGCAGUCACGCCUGUCCUUCCCGCUGAGACACCGUGUUCAUCUGUUUGAUCAUGUAUAGAUUUCAGAAUAUGAGAUAGGGCUGUAUAUAAUUGUAAUAAAUACAAGUUGCCACUAUUUAA